AUUGAGAGCCACCUGUAGCUGAGAGUAUCUUAUACUGUAUUAUAGAUAUGUUAGGGUUUCUAUCAUGUACCAUGUAAAGACUGCAUCGUUAUUUGAUAUGUUGACAAAAUAAUAAUAAUUCAUAGCACAUAAUAAAACAGCUGGAGGCUUACAUUCAUGACUGUCUUUUUUAAGUAUGAAGAAAAGAACAGUGGAUGCAAACCUCGGCCAUUAUUGGUUAUUAUUGGUGUUUUAAUUUGUCUUAGCUUUAAAUAAUUACUUUAAUUCUAUUUCGUCAAUUCUAUGAAACUAUUAGUUUGAAGUUAGUUGGGGUGUGUGCUAACUACCCGCCUUGUGAAGCUCAUUAAUAGACCUUCACGUUGACAGACGAGCUGUCCAAUGCUUCCAUGGAAUCUUCCGGGCAACCAAUAGCCUUCGGCUCCGAGCAGCUGCUGCUUGGUGAUUGGCGGAAGGAGCUUCUGCCUCCCGAGUACAGACGCUUCUCCUUUGGUCAAGGUUGCACUUGGCAGCUGCAGCAGGACGCGAACGGAGCGCCGCUUACUCACGGAGAGCAGCACCGAUUAUCAUCAUCAUCAGCAGCAGCAGCAGCAGCUCUGCUCUCGUUUUCAUACCGAAGGGUCAUUCUAGGAUCUCCAUCCUCACGGUAUGUCCGCCAUGGACGAGAUGGAGGAAGAGUUAAAAUGCCCCGUUUGCGGCUCCUUUUACCGGGAGCCCAUCAUACUGCCUUGCUCCCACAAUAUUUGCCUGGCGUGUGCGCGGAAUAUUCUUGUGCAAACCCCCGAAGCCGAGUCCCCGCAGAGCAGCCGAGCCUCCGGAUCCGGCGUCUCAGAUUAUGAUUACUUGGAUUUGGAUAAAAUGAGUUUGUAUAGCGAGGCGGACAGCGGAUACGGGUCCUACGGGGGGUUUGUCAGCGCUCCGACCACCCCCUGUCAGAAAUCACCGAACGGAGUCCGGGUUUUCCCCCCGGCCGUCCCCCAGCCCGGUCCGCAGCAGCACCUCCUGCCGCAUCCGGCCUCCUUGCCCCCGAUCCCCCGCAACUCCUGCAUCACCUGUCCGCAGUGUCACCGCAGCCUGAUCCUGGACGACCGGGGGCUCCGGGGAUUCCCCAAAAACCGGGUGCUGGAAGGAGUGGUGGACCGGUACCAGCAGAGCAAGGCGGCCGCCCUCAAGUGCCAGCUGUGCGAGAAGAGUCCGAAGGAGGCCACGGUGAUGUGCGAGCAGUGCGACGUGUUCUAUUGCGACCCGUGCCGCCUGCGCUGCCACCCGCCCCGCGGUCCCCUUGCCAAACAUCGCCUGGUUCCCCCCGCGCAGGGCCGGAUCAGUCGCCGCGCGAGCCCGCGCAAGAUCUCCACCUGCACGGAGCACGAGCUGGAGAACCUGAGCAUGUACUGCGUGCAGUGCAAGAUGCCCGUGUGUUACCAGUGUUUGGAAGAGGGGAAGCACGGCACGCACGAAGUCAAAGCUCUGGGCGCGAUGUGGAAACUGCACAAGGGUCAGCUGUCCCAAGCCUUAAACGGUCUGUCAGACAGAGCCACCGAAGCAAAAGAGUUCCUGGUUCAGCUGAGGAACAUGCUGAUCGACGCCUUGAACCGGCGCAAAGCCCAGCUCCUGGCCCAAGUCAACAAGGAGCACGAACACAAGCUCAAGGUGGUUCGGGAUCAGAUCUCCCAUUGCACGGUGAAGCUGCGUCAGACAACAGGACUCAUGGAGUACUGCCUGGAGGUCAUCAAGGAGAACGAUCCCAGUGGCUUCCUGCAGAUCUCGGACGCUUUGAUCCGGAGGGUCCACAUGACCGARAGCCAGUGGGGGAAGGGAACCCUSACCCCRAGGAUGACCAGUGACUUUGACCUCACCCUGGACAGCGGGCCGCUCCUGCAAACCAUCCAYCAGCUGGACUUUGUACAGAUGAAAGGUGAAGGAGGGGAYGGCUCCGAAAGACUCUCCGAUUCUCCUGUCAAAUCUUCCUYGAACAAAAUGCAAGGCUUCUGCGUCAACCACCUCACCGAGUCCAACCAACGCAGCCUCCCGCUGAGCCUGGCGACUCGCGUCUCCCCCCCCCGCAAAGCCUGCCAACGUCUAUUUAUACCCCGGCGAGCCCACGCCCCGCUCCGCUGUACAAGCUCACGCCGUCGCUUACUGCCUCCUCCAUCAAAUCCAGCAGGGACCCCUCCGUUUGGUGUCAUAAUUACGCACUUGAUGCAUUUGGCUGGCCUAACGGGAAGCUGGUGUGUGUGUGUUUUGCAGGAGGUGUACGUGGGGACGGAAACCAUCUGCACGGUGGACGGGCUCCACUUCAACAGCACGUACAAGUCCAGAGUGAAGGCGUUCAACUCCAGCGGAGUGGGCCAGUACAGCAAGACGCUGAUCAUGCAGACCUCUGAGACUGGACUCCCUCCAUGCGAUAUUCAGUCUAUAGGCACAGUUGCCUGGUUCACCUUUGACCCGGUGUCCGCUCACCCCGACAUCGUCUUCUCAAACGACAACCUGACGGUGUCGUGCAGCAGCUACGACGACCGGGUGGUCCUGGGCAGCGCCGCCUUCUCCCGCGGCGUCCACUACUGGGAAAUGACGGUGGACCGCUAYGACAACCACCCCGACCCGGCCUUCGGCAUCUGUCGGGGCGACGUCCUGAAGGACGUGAUGCUGGGGAAGGACGACAAGGCCUGGGCCAUGUACGUGGACAACAACCGCUCCUGGUUCAUGCACAACAACUCUCACACCAACAGGACGGAUGGUGGCGUCGCCAAAGGAUCGACGAUAGGAGUGUUGCUGGACUUCACACGUGGAAUCCUCAUCUUCCUCAUCAACGAUGAGCAGCAGGGUCCUGUUGCCUUCGAGAGCUUGGAAGGCGCUUAUUACCCCGCCAUCAGCCUCAACCGUAACGUCCAGGUCACUCUUCACACUGGGCUACCCAUCCCUGACUUCUACACGCCCGGGGAGGCAGACCCAACGAGCUCCGUGUGCUGAAGCCAGCGCCGACCCCCUUCCCCGCCCUGUCGUAGGUCAAUACCUCUAACCCCGYCCUCGCCCUCCUGAUCUCGACUCGCCGUCUGUCGCCCCGACCUAACGACCCCCGUGACUCGCCGUCGGAGGCCUCAUGACAGCCCUAAGCCAUGCCUUUUUCAUGCCUAAGCUUUGGACGCGGCCAUGUGCAGGACAGUGCAUGUGGUGCCUACAACUCGGGACGUUUCACCGCAAUGUCCAGAGGAUCAGUAACGAAAGMACUGAAGUGAAGGAGUACUUUUACAUUUCAGAAAAUAYGGCACAUUGAGUCAAGACUAGGCAUGGGCUGGUGUGAAACUCUCAAGGAACGUAUAAAACAGAUGCUUUUUUUUUUUUUUUUGUUCGUAAUAUUUUGUAAAUUUAUAUUUCAGGAUUUUUARACAGGCGACAACAUUUAUUCUCCCAUUCAUUUUCUCUCAAAAUGCACACAUACAUAAUAUAUUCCCAAAUAUUCAAUUCAAAUUUWAAAAGUACUCUAUUGCUCCAAGAGUGUUGUAACUCAAAUUAUUCUUGUUAUUAUUCAGAUUAUUAUGGAUUAUUACUGAGUUUUUCCCCUUCGGUUUUCCAGCUACGUGUCACCAAAGUUUAAUCUCAGACUUUUCUGUUACUUUAGCAGCUGAUAAGUCCAAGUAGGUUCUGUCUAAAUAGGAAAGCAUCUAUCAAGAUAAUCGGGAUUYGCUGUAAUAACAAAACUCUUGUUUGACAUAUGGGGACAAAAAACUGACAGAACCUUACAGAAUAUAGAAUAUGCUGAUAAACAAACACCAAAAAAACAAAAUUCAGACAUUGGUGGAAUGAAAAAUGUGCCAGAAAGUCUAAUAUCCCAACAUUCCCUAAAUUUUGUGAUAUUAGUUUCAAGAGAAUUGGCUUAUGAAGCAACAAAUUGCACCGUUCUACCUUUUCUAGAGCAACACUGGGAGUAUAACAAGCAGCCGGGUCAGUUGAGCUAUCUGCUCAUGUAGCAGCCACCUGCUCAACAGAAAAGCAAGCAGCAUUACUUCCAUAAGAAGGAUGAGUGCCUGUCUUUUACUGUCCAGGCCAUAAGUAUCUAAUUAUUUCCAAAAAGCUGCUUUUUGAAACCUGAUUUCUUGUUACUGGUAACCAGCUCAUGCCUACAGUCGAGAGUUGGGCUACCUUCACAUUGCAGGUAUGAAUGCUCAGUUAUGCUCAGAGGGUUAGGGUUUGUUUCUUCGUGUGUUGUUGAUAUUACUAUACUAUGAUUGAGAACGCUCUGCGGCACGAGCAGAAGAAGACUUGAUGUCACAAGCAGCCCGUUGUGUUUGCAGAAGCAGAUGCGGAUGCUGCGAACGUCGUCACACGUCAGUUCUGACGCGGCGCAAUUGAAGCUGCCAGAAAUGACGAUUGGCUCCGUCGACGGCGUCUGCCGUGCUUGUUUUUUUUUUUUUUUUUUUUUUUUUUUUUUCUUUUCCAACUGUUUACAUUCGGUCGUGCCGCUUUCCGCCUCAUUUGGCGCAAAAUUGUAACCACGUUUCCGUGACUUUUCAAAGCAACAUGUCUGUUCAGACCAAGAUCGCUUUCGAGAACAUCAUCCGAUUUGGGACGUGGAAAUCGGGAAUUGUGCUGUACAGACUGUGACGCUUCUUGCGUAAAGAUGGAGCUACUUUUCUGAUUUUGGACCGCAUUUGAAAGUAAAAUCUUAUUUUUGCCACUCAGAUUCAUCUUAAAGAAAAAACAAAUCAGAUAGGGCUCACGUCUUCGUCUGCAGUGUGAACRCAGCCUUGAGAUCACUACGACGCUACAGCUCAGAUCACAAGAAACAAAUGUUUGGCAGAAUGUCCAAUUCUUUUCUUAAAUGAAGGAGUUUUAGGUUUUUUUUAUGAMUUUGUUAGACAAAGAUCUUGUAUUAAUCAUUUCAUUUUUCUUAUAACUCAAUAUAUUGCAUUCUUUUAGA